AUGUACAAGACAUGUUUAAUAAAAUUGAUUAUGAUAUUAAUAAAAUUGAUUUUUGCAGAGCAUCAAGAUCAUAUAAUUUAUUGGGAUGCUAGUAAUUCAAUAUUUCAAGAAAAUCCUGAUGAAUUGUAUGUCAAUGAGGGAGAUAAUUUGAUUUUUAUUUGUUCACGAAAUCGAACACAUAUAAGAAAUCUUUACUGGACAAAUGAUUCACGAGUAAAAAUGAAAUGCAAUAAAACAAUAUCAAUAAAAGUUAUUAAACUUUUAGAUUGUUUUAGUAAUAAAUCAUUAAAUGAAUUUGUACUUAAAGUUAGUCGAUUCCCAGAGAUCACAUCACUUCCUAGUUUUGAUUACCAUGUACCUGUACACUUUAUAGCUCAUUCAUUUACAUGUCAGAAAAAUAACAUCCGAUUAAGUUUCAAGUUAGCAAAGAAUUCUAUGAAUGAUAAAAAUAAUUCUCUUGUUUCUGAUGUUUUAAAGUCGUUUAUAUCAGAAACUCAAUUAAUUGGCCAAAACAAAUCUGUGUCCAUUGUAAAUAAAACGUUACAGUACCAUUCAAAAACCAAACUAGUUUUAGAAACUUCAGUCACAUACAGAAAUCAUACUUUCAUUAUCAAAGAACAAACAAUAGACUGGAAAGAAUAUAAAUUUUUACUUGUCCCAGCUAUAUUUGCAUUUCUUACACUGAUUGGUAUACAGGUUAUUUUAUGCAGUUUUUGGCUACCAAAUUCAAUUGUAAAUAAAUUUAUAGCUUACUUUAAGAAGUGUGAAUGUAAAAGAACAUCAAAAGAUCAAUCAAAUCAAACAUGUUACAAGCAUGAAAUAAAACAUUUGUACUUAAAUAAUAUUUCUUCAAUGUCUAGAAUACGUUAA